AAAGAGAGAGCCGAAAGAAAUACGCGAAACGAUACGAAGAAGUGGUAUUCAAACGUUAGGGGCUAUCGAUCUUUAGUGGGGUACAAAGAGUGCCAUCUGUCGGUGGUUUUAACUGUGUGAUCUUUCAACCAAUGAACGAACGAGAGAGUCCCCCACUCGGUAUUUAGUUUGCCCCCACCAGGCGAGGCGGCCUGUCGCGUCGCCGUGCGUGCUCUUGUCCUCUUCGUCCUCGUCCUCGUCCGCAUCUUCUUCGUCCUCGUCUUCUUCUUCGUGUCCUCGUCGUCGUAGGGUCUGCCAGGGUAACGACGGUAGAUGUAAACACAGAAAGAGAAAGAGAGAGAGAGAAAGAGAGGACAAGAAGAUAAGAAAGAGAGUUGGGGGUCUCUCUCCGAGACGAGCGUCUCGUGAUUCGUCGGGCGAAGUAAAAGGGCGGGCGGAGGGGGUGGGGUUGGACGGAGGAAGGCAGAGAGAGAGAAAAAGAGAGAAAGAGAGAGAGAGUGAGAGAGAGAGAGAAAGAAAGAGAUAGAAAGAGAAAGAGAGAUAAAGAGAGAGAGAUUACAAGAGGCGCCGGGCAAGCAUCCCAGAACGGCCGUGUGCUCCGUUCGUCUCUGAAACACAGAGAGGAGAGAGUCGGGGCUCGAUCGAUCGAUCGGCUCGAUCGAGCGUCGAACAAUUAACGGCCAUCAAAUGCCCAUCUCGGGUACGCGUGGCGCGUAAAUCGCGGCGCGUAAAUCGUGGCACGCUCUUGCGACUGAACGGACACGCGCCUAUCCUCCUCCUCCUCCUCCUCCUCUUCCUCCUCCUCUUCCUUUUCCUCCUCCUCCUCCUCCCCUUCUCCUCUUCCUUUUCUUCCUCUUCCCCUUCUUUUUUACUUCAUCUUAUUUUUCUUCGCUUCGUCUUCGUCUUCAUCUUCGUCUUCGUCUUCGUCUUCAUCUUCGUCUUCGCCUUCGCCUUCAUCUUCGUCUUCGUCUUCACUUCCUCUUUAUUUCUUGUUCUCCAAAAAGUCACUCCCCUCUCCCCACCACUUUCUUUCAUCAACUCCCUCUUUUCUCCUCUCUUCUUCUUCUCUUUUUUCUUUUUCUUUUUCUUCUUCUUUUUCUUCUUCUUCUUCUUCUUUUUUUUCUUCCGUUUCCUUUACCUCCUUCCGCCUUCCAAAGUUUUUGGAAAACGCGCGAGUAAACUUUUCGUGGCCAGUGCCUUCGAGGACCUUCGACGGGCCGAAAUUUUUACUUCGGUCUUUACUCCCGUACGACGGCCCGUUGAUGUCCGUCGAUCGUUCUCCCAACCGAACGCGAUACUUCGUGAUUUUACAGAUCGAUAUAUUCGAUCGAUAUAACGAACGAUCCGUGGAUCGUCCUCGGCGUGUCAGUGCCUUAUCGUCGUCGUUGUCCUCGUCGUCUGACUUCUUGGGAAUAAAUCGGGACUCGUAAUCAAAGAGGACGAAGAGUAAGCUCGUUCUUCCGAGGUCGCCUUUCCUUCUUCUUCUUCUUCUUCUUCUACUUCUUCUUCUUCAUUAUCGUCAUCUUCUUCUACCUCUACUUCUUCUUCUUCUUCUUCUUCUUCUUCUUCUCCUUCUUCUUCUUCUUCUUCUUCUUCUUCGCUAAAUCGUCUCCUUCGAUCGUCUCCUUUCGCUGUUUUAUAGCGUGGGUGUGACGUUAGAGAGCCUCGAGAUGUUACUCUCCGGUGCUUGGUUCGAGGCUAUAGCCGCCACACUUCUCGCAAUUUUAGUCUUGGCUACCAGCUAUCGACCACCAUGGUGGUUCUGGACCGGAAGUCAUCAGACCAAUGCCAUAUCGGAGGAGAAGGAUAGGAGGCCAUUUAAAACAGCUCGGGACGUGCCCGGUCCAUUCUCCUUACCUAUUCUUGGUACAAGAUGGAUAUUCUCCUGGAUCGGGUACUAUCGAAUGAACAAGAUUCACGAGGCUUACAAAGAUCUGAAUCGACGCUACGGAGGCUUGUGCAAGGAGGAGGCACUGUGGAACUGGCCGGUGAUAUCGGUAUUUUCUCGACGUGAUAUCGAGCAGAUCCUUAGGCGAGGUUCAAGGUAUCCUCUUCGUCCACCGCAAGAAGUCAUAUCGCACUAUCGACACUCGCGUCGUGAUCGUUACACUAAUCUCGGUCUUGUGAAUGAACAGGGCGAGACUUGGCAGAAGCUUCGUUCUGCUCUCACUCCGGAACUCACGGGAGCCAGCACGGUUCUCGGCUUUUUUCCUGCUCUAAAUAUCGUCUGUGACGGUUUCAUCGAGCUAAUACGAAAACGGAGAACCAUGUUUGGCAUCGCGGGAUUCGAAGAACUUGCCUAUAAAAUGGGACUCGAGAGUACCUGUACCUUGAUUCUGGGUCGGCAUCUUGGUUUCUUAAAGCCGGACUCGAGCGACACGCUUACUGCAAGAUUAGCGGAAGCAGUUAGGAUUCACUUCACGGCCUCGCGAGAUGCCUUUUAUGGAUUGCCGCUUUGGAAGGUGCUACCGACAUCUGCUUACAAACAACUGAUAGAGAGCGAGGACGCUAUUUACAACAUAAUUUCAGAAUUAAUGGAGACGACGAUGUACGAGAAAAGGAACGACGCUCGAGACGAAUCCGUGGAGGCUGUUUAUCAAUCGAUUUUACGACAAAAAUCAUUAGACAUAAGGGAUAAAAAGGCAGCCAUAGUGGACUUUAUUGCGGCCGGUAUACACACAUUGGGUAAUACUUUAGUUUUCCUUUUCCACAUGAUCGGAAGUAAUCCAGAAGUACAAGAAACUUUAUACGAAGAAACCUGUACAUUGGCACCGCGAGGUUGCGAUCUGACAGUCGAGGAUCUUCGAAAAGCACGUUAUUUACGUGCUUGCAUCAAUGAAGCGUUUAGGUUGGUACCAACGGCACCGUGUAUCGCAAGAAUUUUAGAUGAACCAAUAGAAUUGGAUGGCUAUCAUCUCAACGCUGGGACGGUAGUUCUCUUGCAUACAUGGAUAGCUGGAUUAGACGAGAAUAACUUUAAGAAUGCGUCCAAAUGCGUGCCUGAAAGAUGGCUGAAGCCUAUGGUACCACAUUCGCCAUUACUGGUAGCGCCUUUCGGUGCUGGUCGAAGAAUCUGCCCGGGCAAACGCUUUGUGGAACUUGCUCUACAACUUAUCCUAGCGAAGAUCGUUCGAGAAUUCGAAAUCAUAGUAGUUGAUAAACUCGAUCUACAAUUCGAGUUUAUUCUCGCCCCGAAAAGUCCGGUCUCACUCGGUUUUCGAGAUCGUCUGGAGGUGGUAUGAAAAGUGAUCGAACAAUUAGAAGACCAAACGCCUUGCCAAAUCGCGUUUUAAUCGUAUAAAUUUACGCGUACACGUUUAGAUAUAUAUAUAUAUAUAUAUAUAUAUAUAUAUAUAUAUAUGUAUACAUAUAUAUGUAUGUACGUAUAUGUAUAUACAUAUAUGUUAUACGUAUGUAUUGUAUAUUCAGCGCGAACAUCACGUUUAAGCAUUCGACGUUAAUCAUUUUCAUCGAUUGAUCUAUCGAGAAUCCUUUUUUCCAUUUUUUUUUUUAUCUUUUUGCUAGCACGCAAUAUUUUUAACCUAUUGCACUCGAUGAACAUUAUCAGUCAGUCACAAUUCUAAAUAUCAACGUUUUCUUAGUGUUUCUCCUCUUUUUUUUGUUUUUUUCAACUGAAUGAAAUACGAAUUAACAAUAAUAACAAAAGACAAAGCGAGAAUACCAUCUAGAGUGCAAAAGGUUAAUUUCUAAGAGCAUUUUACUCGAACAUUAAAUUAUCUAUUAUACGGCUAAUUAGGAUCGUCUUAUUUUUUUCAAACAUUGACGUACAUAUGUAUGGUAUGUAUAUGAAUGCAAUGAUAUCAUAAUAAUUAAAAUUAUUUAGAAUCGUCGUUCAUCAUUCGUGUUAUUAAAUCGAAAUCGUUCGUUUUCUAUUUUUUUUUUUUUUUUUUUCUUACAUUUCCAUUUGUUUUCUUCUCCUACUUCUGCUUCUUCUUCUUCUCCAUCUUAUUUUCUUUUGUUUCUUUUUGUUUUCUUUUUUCUUUUUUUUUUUUAUCAAAGUAAGACGAUCCUAAUAACUAACAUAAGUCUAAUGUAUAUGUACGUCGUCACGAGUUAAUGCGAGAUUUUGAUUUGCGAUAAAUGUAAGAAGAUUAUGCGUCGUAAGCGAAGUGUAAUUAACAGAGAGGGAGAUAAUGAAAAAGGAAAAUAUAAUGAAAAAAAGAAAAAAAAAGAGAAAAGUAAAAAAGUAAAAAAAAAUCGUGAAGGAAGUUGCCCAUCGUUAUCGUUAAGGGCCGAGGAAAUCAUUCUCAAGGACUUUCAUUGCAUCAAAGUGAUCUCAUUACCACGAGGAGAUCUCGUCUCUAAGGUAUUUCAUUUUUUGUCACUACACGAUUUUCAAUUUUACUUAUACGGUAUACCCUCAGCGCGAGAAUUUAUCUGUAUGUGUGUGUAUGUAUAUAUAUAUAUAUAAUAUAUAUAUUAAAGUAUGUAUAGAUAUAAUGUUACUCGUUUAUCGUAAGAAUAAACAUGUUGAGAGUGUCAAGUGCAAUAUAUAUACAUAUAUAUAAAUAUAUAUGUGUAUAUAUUAUAUAUAUAUAUAUAUAUAUAUAUAUAGAAGUAACCUAUGAUGUGUCCAUCUUAUGUAUCAUAUUUUAUAAGCUUGUUUAUGUGCAAACGUUGCAACUACAUAUGUGUUCUUCUCUCAUAAUCCAAAUAACAAACAAACAAACAAACAAAAAAAAAAAAGAAAAAAAAAAGGGAAACAAAAUAUAAAUAUUUAUUUUAGCCGUUCAACAUCGUCA